AUGGGCAAGAGGAAACAGCAGUUGCCACUUGUUUAUGUCGGCGAAGGAUCGUCACAUGGACGACAAAAGGUGGAGGCACAAGAUGAUGAAGCACAUGGACGACAAAGGGUGGAGGCACAAGAUGACGAAGCCCAUAUUUCUCAAGAGGCAAGACCGGUUGCCUCUGAUGACGAUGAGACACAGGCUCUUGAUGAUUAUGAACAAAGCCCAGCAGUGGAAAAUACAACUAAAAAAUGUGGUCCUACAAACCUAGCUGACAUAUGGGCAUUGGAUGGAUCCUGGAAGAUCCCGUUUUUGUUAAAUGAUCAAGGGCAACCAAUUGGUGAGGACAGAAAAACGUUUGUUCGGUGGUUGGGAACUUUUUGUUACAAUGGGUUACUAUGCCCACUUGUCCCCGCUGGGUGGCCCAAAGUCCCUAAAAAAUAUAAAGAGGAUUGUUGGACGGAGAUUGAGAAACGGUAUCUCAUUGACCCCGAUAUUGUUAAACCACCCGAUCAAAUGGGAUGGGCAAUGCAUAUACUCGGGGUCCUCAGGAGAAAUCGAAGGACUAAGUUGAAGAAGGUUAACAUAUGA